UCUCACACUGGCAAGUACUUGGCACAGCUUGUACUGAGGGCCAUUGACCUGCUUGGACGAAACCAUUUUGCGGGUGUCACAUCUGACAACACUGGGAAUACUUGUGUUGCUCGCCAGCUAUUAUGCACAGAGAUAAAAACUCUGGUUCAAAUUCCCGAUCUCAAUCUUCUUUGCAAGGAUAUUACACAACUGGACAUGUUCUCGCCUGUGGUUAAAAGCCUUCGCUCAAUUAUUACCUAUUUCCACAAGUCAAAUGCAGCUAAUAACUCUCUUAAACAAGCUCGCAAAGCAUUGAAUAUAGCUCGUGGUCUGGAGGGCAUUGGGAAAACCCGCUUUGCUACAGUUUGUAUUUCAGCAUUAUCAUUGCAGCACUGCCUCCCUGCAAUGCGCCAUAUCAUUAACUCAAAGCAAGUAAAGUUUCCCGCAAAGAAAUCACACCUUACAGGCCUUCUCCAAAGCAGCUCCCCUCGCUCCUUGGAGUUUGAACUUCAAAUACAUCGUUACACACUUGUUGUCACUCCCAUUGCAAAGGCAAUUGCUUGCCUCGAGUCAUUGCGAAUUGACUUUUCAGACAUUUACUUGUUUUACUUCACAAUUGGGGCCACACUAAAGCAAAUAUUUGAUGAUGACAAUAAUCCCUUUUUGGUGGAAAAAUCUGGUCAGAUUUGUGCCAUAUUCAAUACUCAAUUUCAUGGAAUGUUAUCAGAUGGUCCCACUGAUGCUCCUAUAUCUGCUCUUUACUUGAAUCCUUGUAAGUACAACAAAUUAAAUAUUGAAUACUAA